GGAAAAAUGUAUAAAAGGUGAAUACUGGUUUGUGUAGUUUGUGCUGAGAUUAAUCAGAGCAAAAUGAAAUCAGUCGUGAUUGUUUCACUCGUGAUCUGUUUGAUCUUCGUCCAAACUGUGUAUUCACACAAUCACAAGUCACUUCUCAAGAGGGACACAUCAGUGACAGAUCCAUGGUUAGAGGUCACACAAACAGCUGGGAAAAUAUGUCAGAAGAUACAUGAUAAAGUGUGUGCAUAUUUCGAAGAGGAUGGAUUGGGAAACAAAAUUGGAGUUGCCGUUUCAAUUUUGCUCAAACGCUUUUACAAACGCAUCGAAUAA